AUGACAGCAGCAAGAACCACGUGCAGACGUCUGUGUGGCAGCCGACAAGAUAUGGACGAAUUUAUGGACAAUCUGGGAGACAUGCUGGAGAAUCCAUCUAGUACUGUCGUAGAGAAGAAUAGCAGAGGAGAAGACGGCUGGAUGCACGUGGAUUGGAAACAUCACUUUCAAGAGUGGCGUAAGUCAACAUCCGCACUAAUGAGUAGUUGGACGGAAUCUCCCGUGGAACGAGUCCUGAUCCGGAAUCGAUUGGUGUAUUGGAAACGAGACGAUCAACUGAAACUGGCAGCGUCCAUUUCGGGAAACAAGGCGCGUAAAAUGAUUGCUCUUCAGGACAUGCAAGAUUUUCCAGAUUGCGUCGUCAGCUACGGAGGACCACAGAGCAAUGCCAUGGUGGCACUGGCCGCCAUUGUGCACUAUCAAAGUCAACGCAAUACCGAUACAACCAAAAAGAAACGAUUCGUGUACUAUACCAAAACACUACCCAAGUUUCUACGCGACAAACCCAAUGGAAACUUGUUUCGAGCCCAAGCCUUGGGAAUGGAACUCAUCGAAUUGUCACCCCACGAAUAUGCCAAUCUCUUUGGAGGAGAAUGGGGUGGACCCACUACACCUCCACCUCAAUUGGAACCAGCACCCAUGCCUAACAAAAAGUCACUCUGGAUUCCACAAGGAGGAGCGUGUGCGGGACUGGCACUUCAGGGGACGUGGCAAUUGGCCUGGGAAAUUGCCACCUUUUGGACACAAAAGGGACGAGGACGACCCCUCACCGUCUGUAUCCCGGGGGGAACCUGUUCCACGGCGGCACUCGUCCACAGUGCUCUGCAGGAUAUUCUUCACAACGACAACAAUACCGCACAAGCAAUAGUGGACACCACCAUGGACAUUCGAGUCGUUGUCAUUCCUUGUGUCGGCGACGGCACGUAUGCGCAACGACAAAUGAUGUCCUUGUUGGAGGACAGCAACAACUCGUCGAACCGAUUGCCGUCCAUACUCCCUCCCUCACCAAUCGAAACGACACGUGGACGCACGUACUUUCGUUUUGGAGAACCACAUGCCGAUAUUCUAGCGACCUUCCAGGAAAUGAAAGAACGAUACGGAAUCGUUUUGGAUCUCCUCUAUGGUGCCCCGUCGUGGACGAUUCUAUUGCGACAUUUGCCAUUGGCUCCAAAAUACCAGGCGACGACAACAACCACCACAAAACAACCACAAUCAUUAUUUGAUCCCAAGGCACCGUUGGACGGACGAGAAAUCAUGUACGUGCACAGCGGAGGAGUCGAGGGAAUUGUAUCACAGCUCAAUCGAUAUCUCUACAAGGGGUUGGUCGAUGUGGAACAAGUACAGCUGCCGCGGCGCUAA